UGAGAGGGGCAGCACUGAAGCAAGAAGCCGGUCACAGCUCCUAUAGUCCCCCGCUUUAGCCUCAGAAAUGAACAACAACUUAGUCGGAGAUGAAGUCGGGAAACUUUUUGUGGGUGGAUUAGACUGGAGUACCACACAAGAGACACUGAGAAACUACUUCUCACAGUAUGGGGAAGUAGUAGAUUGUGUCAUCAUGAAGGACAAAACUACAAAUCAGUCGCGAGGCUUCGGCUUUGUUAAGUUCAAAGACCCCAAUUGUGUACGGACAGUGCUGGAGACAAAGCCACAUAAUCUUGAUGGAAGAAAUAUUGACCCGAAGCCAUGCACUCCCAGAGGAAUGCAACCUGAAAAGUCUCGAACCAAGGAGGGCUGGAAGGGCAGCAAAGCCGAUAGCAAUAAAUCAAAGAAGAUAUUUGUAGGUGGAAUCCCCCAUAACUGCGGCGAGCCUGAACUCAGGGACUAUUUCAAUAGAUUCGGAGUGGUCACAGAGGUGGUAAUGAUCUAUGAUGCGGAGAAGCAGAGGCCCCGAGGUUUUGGAUUUAUUACUUUCGAGGCCGAACAAUCAGUGGACCAGGCUGUCAACAUGCAUUUUCACGACAUCAUGGGCAAAAAAGUGGAAGUAAAGAAGGCCGAACCUCGUGACAGCAAAGCUCCUGGCCAGCUUGGCCCCGGCCAGUGGGCACCCAGGGGCAUCUUGAGUGCAGCUAAUGGUUGGACAGCACAGCCUGCCCAGGGCUGGCAACAGCCUUAUGGGCCACAGGGAGUGUGGGUGUCAACUACUGGCCAGCCCAUAGGUGGGUAUGGACCUCCAUUGACAGCAGGCCGGGGAACCCCCACACAACCUCCGUCGCCCUUCAAUGCAUUCCUGGUCACGACCCCGGCGGGCAGCUUUGCUGCACCUCAGGGCUACCCUCAGCAGGGUUACAGCACAGCACCUCAGUUUGGUUACAGUUUUGGCACACCCCAAGCAGACCAGUAUGCUCCACAGGUUCCACCUCCACCCACCACUCCAGGAACCGCACCGAUGGGCUUUGCUCCCGCCACCACACCAACUCAGGACUUGAGCAAAGCUCCCACUGGGCAGCCCGACUUCCCUUAUAGCCAGUAUGGGUACGGACAGGACCUGACAGCCUUCGGCCACAGCUUCGCAGACCCCAGCCAGCCCACGGCCUCGUACGGCGCCCCGACAGCACAGCCCGCCGCCGCUCCCCAGCCCACCGCCAGCGCGUUUGGCAGAGGGCAGAACCACAACGUACAGGGCUUCCACCCGUAUCGGCGCUGACCACCCCUGGGCAGGGCCGCCGUGUAAAGUUCAGAAACAAAAAAAACGACAAAAAAAAGAAGUCAGGGAAAUGUGUGUUCUUGCUAAAAAGAAAAAAAAAAAAAAAAAGCAAAACUGGAGUUCUGGAUUGUUCUUGAGGAAUGUUGAAUGCACACAGUUUGUGAGACAGAAACCUUUGUGAUAGCAGGGAUUCCAGUACAUUUAAAAGGGGUGUAAAGAAACCCAGGGGUUUUUUUUUUCUUUUUUUCGUUUUUUUUCCUUGGUUUUUUUUGCAUAACUUAAGGAACAUUCAGCAGAAAGAAGCUUUUAUCCCCCACCCCCCAAACCCAUGUUUUAUAGUAGAACUAAACUACUUUGCAAUAAUUUUGAUUGUCUGGUCAAACAC